GCAAGUUGGCAAGCAGUGUCUCCAAUGGUCUCCGACAUAACCGCAUAAAAAUAAUCGCUGAAUUGACUCAGAGUUGUUUUUAAUUUCAUUUUAAAAACGGAUAGAAUUAUUUAAUACUUGAAUUAUUCUCAUAUUUUAUAUUUUGGAGCAAAUAGGCAUUAUAGCUCCAUAGAGCUGGAAGCAACGUCAUAGAAAAAAAAAUUUAAAAAUUGACGGCUUGAAGUGAGGUGUAUCAUCAUCAUAUUUUCAAAAAUGCAUACAUCUGCUAACUUUAUUCUACGUGGUGGCGACGCAGCAUUCGCCAAUAGACAGAGAUUAUUAUUUGAUCAGCUUUCGAUUGCCGAAAACAGUUGUAAUAAACGUGUCAUAUCUGAGGUGGAUGAUUGCGAAAGAAGUUUAAUUUUGAGAGACGAUCAAAAACAAAAGAGAGAGACUAAAAGAUUUCGCGGCAAGGAGAGUAUCUUUAAACGUCCCGAGGGUCCAGCACCGCGCGCGAAUUUCAGAAAUAUUCCAGACUAUCAUAGGAAUCCACACAAAUGGGUCAAGUAUAGUCUGGAUGAUGUAUCUAGCGAAGACAUGACGGAACGCAGCAAUAUGCAAGCUGCUAUGUCAUUUCUAAAAGAACUGAAAGCACGCAGAGAAAAUGAAGAAGUUGAUCAAUGUGAAGAAAAGAUGGAUAUUGAAUUUGAAUCAGAUUUGCAAGAUUCUGUGGAAUUUAAAUCUAAGAAACAAAUAUCAACAUCACAAAUAAGGUUUAGAAAACCACAGAUCAAAGAUGUGGCAGAAAACUCUAAAGCAAUUGUUACAGACAGCACACUUGUAUUCAAAAGUAGUAAGAUUAUCUUGCCAGAAUAUGUAGUUGGACAGAGACCGAAGAAAAUAUCUAAACAAAACAGACCUGUGGUUAAAGUUGAUCGUUCAAAACAACUUAGAUUAGAUCAUUUACAAGAACCAGAUGAAGAAGAAGAUAACAGAGAUGUUUAAUAUAAAAUCAUUGUCCACAAAUGUUUAUAUAUACUAUCUUAUAUAUACUUAUAAUACUAUAUAGUACUAUCUUAUUUUAAUUUUAUCUUAAUAUUAUCUUAAUAUCAAAAAAAGAUAAAAGAAAAUAAAAAUAAUUAACAA